GAGCGGUCAACACGCAACUGUCAAGAAGUCGGCCGGCGAUCUUCUUUCGCAGCAGUGCCGCGACCGGCAUUGUCGCGCGGAGCGUGCGGCCGGCGGGACGCGCCAGCGGUCGCCCGACUCUAUACAAUAAAUAAAAACACGCUGUCGGUAACCGCUCCGCAUCCCACGUACUUUAUCUGAAUCAUUAACUUCACCAACCUAUUGAAGUACAAAGCUUAGUACUUAGUAGUUCUUAGUUAGUCAUUCGGUGGGGUUGUUCCAAGAUCCAAUUAUUAUUGGUCUUUAAGUGACCCACCUUUAAAUCUUGAAAUAAAUUCCGUUGUCUCCAGUUUUACUGAAGCAACAAUCUUGAAUUAAAUUCAGUCGUCUUCGGUGCGGUAGUUCAGUAGUAGUUCUGUUGAAACUGCGUAAACUUUUGAGACUCGUGAGUCGGAGUGCACUCGCCCUCAGGAUGGACAAGGAGUGCGUGGGCUGGGGGCGCUGGCAGGCGCGCAUCGCGCUGCUGCUGGCGCUGCCCGUGCUGCUGACCGGCAUGUACGGCACCAACUAUGUGUUCCUCGCUGCGCGCACGCCACACCGAUGCCACAUACCAGAAUGCGAGGACAACAGCACGCUGCGGGGGCCGGUGGCGGCCGAGUCGUGGCAGCCGGGCUGGUCGAGCUGGGCGCUGCCGGCCGAGUCGCCGGAGUGCCACCGCCGGGCGGCGCGCGGCGGCGCGGGCGCCUGCAGCCGGGACGCCUUCGACAACUCCACCCGGCUCGAGUGCGAAGACUUCGUGUAUCAACACCACAGCAGCAUCAUGGCUGAGUUCGACCUGGCGUGCCAGGAGUGGAAGCGCACGCUGGUGGGCACCAUCCACAACGUGGGCAUGCUGGUGUCGCUGCCCAUCAUGGGCUACGUCUCUGACAAGUGGGGGCGGCGCGCGGCGCUGGUGGCGAGCGGCGCGGGCGCCGGCCUGCUGGGGCUGUGCAAGUCGUUGGCGGGCUCGUACCCCGCCUACCUCGCGCUGGAGUUCCUCGAGACCGUGCUGGGCGCGAGCGUGUACCCCGCCGCCUUUGUAUUGAUGAUCGAAUGGCUGGGCGUGGAGCACAGGAUCCUGGCAAGCUUGCUCCUCGGCAUCCCGCUGUCGGCCGGCGCAGCCUCGCUGGCUCUGCUGGACUAUCUGACGGGCUACUGGCGCACUUGGGCCCGCUUCGCUUACCCCCCUUCCUUCCUACUCCUCCUGUACCCAUGGGUGCUGCCAGAGAGCAUCAGAUGGCUGGUGGCAGGGGGGAAAGUCCCGGAAGCUAUUCGCGUCAUGAAGCAAGCCGCGAGAGCCAACAGGGUCACGAUACCUGAGGACGCGCUGGAGAAGAUGCUGGCCAAAGACCAAGUCACCAACAAAAUAGAGGCUAUUGUCGAGGAGGAGAGUCUUUUCUCGGCUUUUAUUAAAUACGGCGCGCUGCGGCGGCGCUUGGUGGUGUGCUUCGCGUGGUGGUCGUGCGCGGUGUUCGUGUUCUACGGGCUGGCCGUGCGCGCGCACGCGCUGGCCGGCUCGGCGCACGCCAACUACGCGCUGCUGGCGGGCGCCGAGCUGCCGGCGCUGCUGCUCAACACGCUGCUGCUGGACCGCGUGGGGCGGCGCCCGCUGCUCACGGCGGCCUUCCUGCUCACCGCCGUGGCGCUCAUCGCCAUUCCUUGCUUGCCUGAGAAUGAAAGCGGCUGGGGCACAGCGCUGUUCCUGGCGGGCAAGAUGGGCGCUACCAUGGCGCUGAAUGCCCUGUACGUGUACACGGCCGAGCUGUUCCCGACGCGCGCGCGGCAGCGGCUGCUCGCGGCCUGCUCCACCUGCGGCAGGAUAGGCGCCAUCCUAGCGCCGCAGACGCCGCUGUUGGCGGCUUACGGAGCGUGGGUGCCCACCACCCUGCUGGGCGCGCUGCCGCUGUGCAGCGCGGCGCUCACGCGGCUGGUGCCGGACACGCUGGGGCGGCGGCUGCCGGACUGCUUCGCGGACCUGGACAACUCCGCCGCCACCACCGACACGGACAUCCCUUAGACACCCUCCCUUCGUGCCUGACAACUGGUGGGGAACUUUAAGAGAGUCCGGUAAAAGAGAAAUGUUUGAAAUAAAAUCUGUGGCGGGCCACCACAGUUGACAUCGGGUGGCGUUUCUCAGGCUCAUAUAAAAAAUUACGCCACACGAACCUGAGACGGAAGCAACUCACUACUUCACAGUGGAGGGCGGGGCUAUCUACCUCGAUGUUAUUUUUGUCGAAUUUAUUUAUGAGAUUAGUUACCAUUUGCGGUGUUAUCCCAAAAUGAGAAUUAGGAAUUAUUAAUAUUAGGAUGGGAUUUUACAAAUAAAUUGCUUAGCCACUUGUUGCCUUCAUUUUAGGGAUAGGACUAUCUGUCUACUUCUGGUAUGUACUUAACAUCUUAUAGAUAGCCUGUUAAACUGAUAUUUAUUAUGAAAUAACUUCACAAAUCACCACAAAAUUGAGGCCACGUUUUUAGAUAGCGAAGAGGAAAACGUUCGGUUGCUUAGUGUCUUCAAACUUUCCCACCAGUUCUGGGGAAACCAUGGAUUCAUGGAUCUCAAGCUAAGCUACAUUUAUUGAUAAGGGUGAACGGGUUAGCGAAAUAUCGCGUGUCAGUGCAUUGACGAAGACAUUAGUUAUAAAAAUAACAUAGCUUUAACUUUUAUAUUAUAAAAAGCACAAAAUGACAUUAAGCUAGCAUGUAUGUGGAAUUCGGCGGUAGAAUUAUGUAAAUCAAUCCAAAGUUAAUAAUUAUGUGAGUAUAUUUUGCCGGAGGCUCGUGAAGUGACAGCGAAGGAACAAGAAAGCGGGCAGUUCGAUACUGCCGCGACAACUUGAACAUCAUCCCUCGCAGCUCCUACUGCAGUCCCGCCGUGACCACGAGCCAUGCGAUUGGGUCGAAAAAUCGAUAUUUUAAAAUCAUCGUAUUAAACGUGGCACGUAUUUAUUAUUUAAAUUAUAGUAUCUCACAAAUGACAUUAUUUGACGAUAGGUAUACACACCUACCUACAGGCCAUAGUUAUUAUUUACAUGCUUCCUCAUAAGACUCGAUUAGGAGAACGAGAUUUCAACUUUUUAACGUUAACAAAAUAAGUUAAUAGCUUUAAGAUCGCCGUCCCUAGAGCUUAAACUGACUGUCGAAAUAAACGCUGGCUUCACUUGCAUCACGAAUUGAAGUUUAUCACGUUGUAUCAAAGCUUAAUAUUAAUUCUUAAGUUUUCAAAUUAUUAGUUUUAAGGAUCAGAUAAUGUGGCUAAUUCUAAUAUACACAAUGAACAAUCUCUAAACUGGAAUGACAGGUCUAAAUGUAUCGUUAUCCCUCUCAUAAUACUCGCUGCGGACAAAGCUAGCACUAGACUGACUCGUCAAAUUAGUUCACUCUAGAGAUUGUAUACAGCAGAGUUUGCCACAUUACCUCGAUCAAUGCACUGGACGUUAGAUAUGACAAAUUGUCAUGUAAUUGAUAGAUAAUUAAAAAUUAAUAAUUGUUUUAAUUCGUAUAAAUUAAUACCUAAGUAUAGAUUUCGUAAUUUUGUAAGACAAAAUUAGGAGUAAGAUUAGUAACAUGUCUAAAGUGACAAUAAACAAUUUAAACAACAGCAAUACUUGCUCAA